GUGUGUUGCCCUGAAACUAAGUCGACGACACAAACAGCACCUGAUACAAAAGCAAUACAAACAACGACAACAACAGCACCAACACAUAUAACGAUGAGCCCGACAACCUCAACAGCCGGUCCCAACAUAGUACCACCAAAAGGAGAUUCCAAUAAGUGGACAAAUGAACCAGGAUGUGGCAAAACACUCUUAGAGAACCGAAUUUAUGGUGGCAGUGCUGCUCAUAUUGAUGAGUACACGUGGGUAGCGAGGAUAAUUUACAUCGACGCUGACAACAACAUGGACUUUUUUUGUGGUGGUUCUCUUAUUAAUCAAAAUUACGUACUGACUGCAGCUCAUUGUGUGUUUAUGUCUGAAGAUAAAAAAGAUUGGUAUAUCAAAGGAGUUCGUUUAGGCGAAUGGAAUACCACAACGGAAAAGGAUUGUGAAUAUUAUAGCAAAGAGUACCCAACUUGUGCACCUCGACACUUGGAUAUAGACAUUUUAGAACAUAUAGUUCAUCCGAAGUAUAAUAAAAACCGACUUAACUACGAUAUAGCUCUAUUGAAGCUGGAAGAGAGUGUAACUUACACGGACUUUAUAAACCCGAUAUGUCUACCCUUGUCGCCGGCAGGUCAACAAACAAUUAAUUACGAAAAUAAGUCUGUAGAGGUCGUUGGUUGGGGCAAAACAGAAACGAGGGAGCAUAGUGAAAUUAAAUUGUAUGCAUAUUUGAAUGUUCAAGAUAUCAAAAAAUGUGGCAAACAAAAAGGAAGGACAGAAAAUCAAAUAUGCGCCAAAGGAGGGAAGGGUACCGAUAGCUGUAACGGCGACUCAGGCGGACCUCUCAUGCUUAGGGAAUCACACAAUAACAGGACAGCGUAUUAUUUGAUUGGCUUGGUCUCAUUCGGUGCAGGCGGUGAAUGUGGUGAUAUCCAAACUAACGGUUUUUACAUGCGUGUAGUGAAUUUCAUGGAUUGGAUAGCAGACAAUACACAAAAUUCUUCAUAGCAACAAUGGAGCAACAUUGUAAAGACCUUCAUUUCUAAUUACUAGGCGAACCACCUCCUAUAAGAUUUUGUUCCAAACAAAAAGCUUACUUUUUGUAUAAAAUAAAUUAUUUCGUUACUCAUAAAUAAUACUAUAA